AGGGAAAUGAGGAUAUUAUUUGACAUGUUAUUUGAUAACAUGUGAACUUUUGUGUGUAUGUUUGUGGUUGUGGUUGAAGGACCAGUAACAGGUGGCGCUGGGGAAGGAGGGCAGUGGCUGGCUGGCUAGUGUUUUCGUCAGCAUUGGUCAGUCUUGCCCCACACGCUCUAUUAACCAGUGUUUCCUUAUUCCAGGCAGCUUCUCCCUGCAUCAACCACCACUGAGCAGCACCAGAGAGGCAUGAAUAUGUAAGUUACAAGCUGAAUAUCUGGGACAUUGGUGGCAUGUCCUGCCAGACCUACUGGAGGAACUUUUUGAGUGCACUGACAUCCUUAUCUGGGUGUUGGACGGUGCUGAUGGAAACUGCAUGAGAGACUGUCAGGGGGAACUGAAGAAACUGGCGGCAAGUGCAUUUAGAAGCAGUGCCUUUGUGAAAGGAUCAAUGGCUGCAGUAGUGGAGAGUCAGUAUGAGAGGUGACACUAGACCUAAUGGAUCAUAUAUAGAGCUCACUUGACAGAAUGCCUCUUCUGGAUGAGAUGGUGCUGCAGUGUGGCAUUGAUGAGUGCCGGGAGAAGAAUGGGGGGUGUGGGCACCUCUGCGUCAGCACUGUGGAGCUGAACUACUACUGCCAGUGCCAGCCAGGGUACAGACUCAUCAAGAAGUUUAACUGUGAAGGUGAAGACUUGAGUGUCACUCUUCAGUCUGUAUUCUCAAACAUCUUGGCCCUUCAUCUCUACAUCUGAUAGUCUAAAGAGGAAGUUACUGGGGUUUCCAAGGAUGUUUUUAUUAUUCUUAGGAUAUUUCAACAAGGAUUCUGUCUCAUGAGUAUGAUUAAGAUCUGUCAUCCACAUUUGUAUACAGUGAUGUGCAGAUAGGAUACUCUUUAAUAUUUUGUAUAAUUUAGGCUUGUCAUAUGCAUUUCAUAUGAGUACAGAUCUCAUUCUUUAACCACUCUUCUAAACUUCCCACCAAAUCUUUGUUCCUGAGGGUGUAAUUCUCUGCCACAGACAUUGAUGAGUGUGUGGCACCCGGGUCCUGCUUAUCAAAAGCUUUUGAUAGAGUCUGGCACAAAGCUUUGAUUUCCAAACUAUCCUCCUACGGUUUCUAUCCUUCUCUCUGUAACUUCAUCUCAAGUUUCCUUUCUGACCAUUCUAUUGCUGCUGUGGUAGAUGGUCACUGUUCUUCUCCUAAAUCUAUUAACAGUGGUGUUCCUCAGGGUUCUGUCCUGUCACCCACUCUCUUCUUAUUAUUCAUUAAUGAUCUAAACCAAACUUCUUGUCCUAUCCACUCUUACGCUGAUGAUACCACCCUGCACUUUUCCACGUCUUUUCAUAGAUGUCCAACCCUUCAGGAGAUAAAACAUAUCACGCAGGGAAGCCACAGAACGCUUGACUUCCAGUCUUUCUAAAGUUUCUGAUUGGGGCAGAGCAAACUUGGUAUUGUUCAAUGCCUCAAAAACUCAAUUCCUCCAUCUAUCAACUCGACACAACCUUCCAGACAACUAUCCCCUCUUUUUCAGUGACAUUCAACUGUCCCCCUCUUCUACACUGAACAUCCUCGGUCUGUCCUUUACUUAUAAUCUGAACUGGAAAAUUCACAUCUCAUCUCUAGCUAAAACAGCUUCCGUGAAGUUAGGCGUUCUGAAACGUCUCCGCCAGUUUUUCUCACCCCACCAGCUGCUAACUCUGUACAAGGACCUUAUCCGUCCAUGUAUGGAGUAUGCUUCACGUGUCUGGGGGGUUUCCACUCAUACUGCUCUUCAAGACAGGGUGGAAUCAAAAGCUUUUCGUCUCAUCAACUCCUCUCCUCUAACUGAAUGUCUUUAACCUCUCUCUCAUCGCUGCAAUGUUGCAUAUCUAGCUGUCUUCUACCACUAUUUUCAUGCUAACUGCUCUUCUGAUCUUGCUAACUGCAUGCCUCCCCUCCUUCCGCGGCCUCGCUGCACAAGACUUUCUUCUUUCUCUCGCCCCUAUUCUGUCCACCUCUCUAAUGCAAGAGUUAACCAGUAUUCUCAAUCAUUUAUUCCUUUCUCUGGUAAACUGGAACUCCCUGCCUGCUUCUGUAUUUCCACCUUCCUAUGACUUGAAUUCCUGCAAGAGGGAGGUUUCAAGACACUUAUUCAUCAAUUUUUGACCACUGUUUGACCCUUUUCAGUGGGCAUAUUUUUUUAUUGGAUUUUUGUUGCCCUUGGCCAGUGCCCUUCCUACAUAAAAAAAAAAAAAAAAAAAAAAAAAAAAAAUCCACCCUACUUUGUGGACAGCAUGUCUCAGAAGUUGCAUUUGUCUAGACAUUGCAUAUCCAAUUCAUUCUUAUCAUUUACCAGACAUCAUGAUGGGAAACAGUAUCAUUCAGUAUUAUGUACAUGUACAAGCAAUUCUGAGACACAUUUCUUCUAUGAUAUUCUGUCACAUGUUUAUUUAUGAAGAUUUUUAUUUUUUCUUCCUCUAAUUUUGUCCUAUAUUUGCCACAAUACACUUAAUGGUAUUUUUAAAUGAUUUACAUGUUUUCUGUAUAAGUAUGUGAUCGGUGAAACCCCUUAAAAUAGGAAAAUGAAUGUCAAAUUUGUUUACUUUAUAUGAUAAUAAAUCAUAUAAAAUAAU